AUGCCCGGCCUCGAUCUCUUCAGCUCUUCCUCUCCCGCCACCGCCAACACUAUCGUGGAGGUGCCCGUCCCCUCCUCUGUCCCCGCUCCCCCCCUUGUUGAGGUCGAAGGGACCGAAAAGGCCACUGAGGCGGUUGUGAUCCCGCGCAGCCUUGCCAGCCCUGCGGCAUACUACAACCCCCGCCUCGACCCCAAGAAUUUCCUUGAAGGUCCGCUGUCAUGGAACCCUGCUACUCGCCUCCGCCAAAUGCUCGCUCGCCCUGGUAUUGUGGUUGCGCCGGGUAUUUGCGACGGCAUCAGCGCACGCUGUGCACUCGAGGCCGGGUUCGACUGCCUCUACCAGAGCGGUGCUGCAACGACGGCGUCUCGGCUUGGGCAGCCCGACUUGGCAAUCGCAACCCUAAACGAUUUCGUCCAGAGCGCUCAAAUGGUCUGCAGUCUCGACCCCACGACACCUGUCAUCGCUGAUGCCGACACCGGGUUCGGCGGUCCCGCAAUGGUCGCCCGCACUGUCACCCAAUACGCGCGCGCAGGCGUUGCUGCACUGCAUAUAGAAGACCAGGUGCAGACGAAGCGCUGUGGGCACCUCCUUGGCAAGCAGGUCGUCUCUCGCGAAGAGUUCCUCACUCGCAUCCGGGCGGCGGUGAUUGCCCGAGACUCUAUUCCUGGCGGGUCUGACUUCGUGAUCAUCGGGCGCACAGAUUCUGCGCAGGUCCUCGGUAUGGAGGAGGCGCUGAUCCGUCUGAGGCUCGCAGCCGAUGCCGGCGCGGACGUGUGCUUCAUCGAGGGCGUGCGCACCGCCGAGCUCCUCAAGUCUACCGUCGAGGCGCUCGCGCCUAAGCCUGUGCUCGUCAACGUGAUAUCUGGGGGUCUAACGCCCUCGUUCACGACGCACGAGGCCGAGGCGCUCGGCGCGAAGAUCAUCAUCUUCUCGCUGGUGAGCUGCGUCGCGGCGGUGCACGGGAUCCGCGCUGCGAUGGCAUCGCUCAAGAAGACAGGCACAGACUUCACUAGUGCGAAGGGCAUGGACCCCAAGGCGUUCUUCGAGGUCAUGGGUCUGAGCGACAUCGUCCAGCUCGAUGCACAAGCCGGUGGCAAGGCAUUCGAGAAGGUCUAAUCACACCUGAACCUGACUCCCCUCUUGGCGCUCCGAGUCUGCAGUUCCUGAAGCUGAGGUCAGCUAGCUGCCGGAUAUUGAUUGUUUUCGUUUCACUUUGGUUAUCAUGGUCGUCAUAUUGCUUACUGUAUAGAGAUGACUGUUUAUGUACAGUCCACGCGUCCUGCAGCAUAGUAUCCCUCGCAUCUUGUCCCACUAGAC